AUGCUCUGGGCCCUAACCCCUGCCCCAGCUAUGGCUCCUGGGGCUCCCUCAUUCAGCCCCAGUCCUGUCUUGGCUGCCCUGCUCUUCUCUUCUUUGGUGCUGUCCCCCGCCCAGGCCAUUGUGGUUUACACGGACAGGGAGGUCCAUGGAGCCGUGGGCUCCCAGGUGACCCUGCACUGCUCCUUCUGGUCCAGUGAGUGGGUCUCAGAUGACAUCUCUUUCACUUGGCGCUACCAGCCUGAAGGGGGCCGAGAUGCCAUUUCGAUCUUCCACUAUUCCAAAGGACAACCCUACAUUGACGAAGUGGGGACCUUCAAAGAGCGCAUCCAGUGGGUAGGAGACCCUCACUGGAAGGACGCUUCCAUUGUCAUUCACAACCUAGACUACAGUGACAACGGCACCUUCACUUGUGAUGUCAAAAACCCACCAGACAUAGUGGGCAAGACUUCUCAGGUCGUGCUCUAUGUCUUUGAGAAAGUGCCCACUAGGUACGGAGUGGUGCUCGGGGCCGUGAUCGGGGGCAUCCUCGGAGUGGUGCUGUUGCUUGUGCUGCUUUUCUACCUGGUUCGGUACUGCUGGCUGCGCAGACAGGCGGUCCUGCAGAGAAGGCUCAGCGCCAUGGAGAAAGGGAAAUUGCACAAGACUUCGAAGGACUCGAAGCGCGGGCGGCAGACGCCGGUGCUGUACGCCAUGCUGGACCACAGCCGGAGCACCAAAGCGGCCAGUGAGAAGAAGUCCAAAGGGCUGGGGGACUCCCGCAAGGAUAAGAAAUAGCGGUUAGCGGGCCGGGCGGGGGACCGGGGGUCAGGGGCGGAGCCCUCCAAGGGCGCUCAGGUGGUGGUCAUCGAGAUGGAGCUUCGGAAGGAUGAGCAGAGCUCGGAGCUCCGGCCUGCUGUCAAGUCCCCCAGCAGAACCAGCCUCAAGAACGCCCUCAAGAACAUGAUGGGCCUGGACUCGGACAAGUGAGCGUCCCCCGCCAGGCCCGGUCAGAGCAGGGGGACCUAGGCUCCUCUUCUCCCCGCGUCUAGGUGCUUUCCUCUUGCUCCCCAGCCCUGCCCUGCCCUGCCCUGCACUCACCUCCUGUUGAGAUGUAAGUUUCAUUCCAGAAUCCAAGCCCAAGCAUCUGUAUGCCCCUCACCUGCACCCCCUGGCUUUCUGGGAGUCCAGGGGCUAACCCUACCCCUCACCUGCCCUAAAGGCUGUGUGUUUGGUAUCUGUCACCGAGAAGAAAGGGACCUUGAUAGCCUCUGCCCCAACUCCAGGCCAUUUGGCCUUCCCGUCUCCUGCCCCCUAGCUGAUCUCUGCCCGUUCCUUCCCUCCGGAGGCCCGGCUCCAUACUCUGUCCUCCUGCUAACACCCAGAUCACCCAGAUCGGACUCUCCUUCCUUCCGGUUUUAUUUAGGUUGUUGAUUAUUUUUUAUUUUUUACCUGAGCCCAUAUUCUACCCUGACCCCCAUGACCGAGGAACUAUGACGUCAUGUGGCUUUCCCCAGUGCCCUGUCCCCACUAAGUCCUCAGUCGAGAGCCAGCCAACCCAAGCAGAGGAGCUCUUGAUUCUCGGACCUCAGCUACCUGACCGACGCCCUCUGACACUCUUUAGCACUGUUCUGGGACCCAAAAUCUUGGGGAAGGAGAUAGAGAGGAUGGAUCCUCACAGGUCAGGGGUGGAGGAGGAGGCAAGUGAACCUUAAGGAAUGAAUGGCUCUAAAUAAUCAAACAGGAAACAGGAAAAACAAAUGGGAAACUGAGGGGAAGGAAGAGGCUGCACUCCCAGCCACAGGGGAUUCUUAGGGUUUUUCUAUAUUCUGUACAUUUCUUCUACCACCUACACAUGUCCUUAUGGUUAAUAAACACUGACAUUUCCAGAA